AUGGAUCCUCAAUACAACGCCUCAUCACAAGAAGCCGACGCAUACGGACCUCAACCGCAUCCAUACCUUCACGAACCUCUUCUGUACAUAUCAAAUCUUCCUCCUUAUGUUUCCGAUGAAAAUCUUGCCCUUGCGUUCGUUACAUGCGGCCCAUUUCGACCAAAAAUUGCUCGUGAUGGAAGCAGCAGCCUGCUGUCGGGGACAAUCGAGUUCAAGUUUCUCGAGAAAGCUGAGAAGGCUCUGGCUACUCUUCAGUCACGUCCAAUUCCGGGCUUACAGGCCCCGGUGCCUCUCGUAUUGUCCCCAUACCCCCCGACAAACCCACCAACGCCUCUGCCUCCCCCGUCUGCCCUUCCACGGCUUGUGAAGCAUCUACCUCUCGGAUAUACCGAUUCUCAGCUAUACGACAUAUUCCGACCAUAUGGCGCACUUGCAUCCGCCCGCACUCACACCCACUUUGGUCCCGAUACCGGUAUGGUCGAAUUUUGGAACGAAGACGACGCUAGGAACGCAGAAGAAGCCAUGCAUUGUGCCGAUGUCGAGGGACAGAAUAUUGCUGUACAAGUGUACCAACAACGAAGGACCAGUGGCGCCGUGGGGGAAUUCAAUACUGCUGCGCCUACUUUCAUACCCUCGGGAUCUAUGUACACAUAUGGCGCGCAGUACUCUCCCCCUACCCCGCCUCAUCGUCAGUCUUACAGCCCCCGAAGCCCACCUGCUUCUAUUCCCUUCGUACAUGGUCCUGGCCAGCAGGUUCAGUUAGCCCCUGUGUCUGGGCCAGGGUCUAGCAGCCAUAGUGGGUUGAUCGAUCCUUGUAAUUUGUUCUGCAAAAACCUUGAUCCUGAGAUUGAUUCAAAUGCUCUCUUCUCGCAUUUCCGUCAUUUCGGUCAAAUUGUCAGUGCUCGAGUCAUGCGUACAGAGACUGGGGAAAGUCGAGGUUUUGGCUUCGUGUCGUAUCAGACCCCUGAUCAAGCGGCCGCGGCCAUGCAUGCCAUGAAUGGCGUCCAAAUUGGUAGCAAGCAAAUUGCUGUUCGAUUACAUGAACCUAAACAGCUGCGACAAGAGAAGCUGGCUCAGCGUUUCGGUGGACAUAAUGGACACCCCAGGAAUUCUAGUGGAGCUACGAGUCCCACCCUUAGCGAAGGCGCUGAAAGCAUUGGAGGCUGGGGCAGUCCCCGUCAGCGUUCUAUCAACCUGGGAUCUCUCCUGGCAGUCACCAUGAGAGGACUGAACGGGGUCGACGGGGCAGCUGCUCUGUCCGGCACACUCAAUCUCCCCAUGCGUUACGACGAGCUUGCCGGGCUCUCGCCUGUUGUUCGUAAAGAGGUUUUGACUGGAGACCUCAGCCGCCGAGUCAAGACCUUGGGAACAGUCGAUGCUCAAGACGUUGACGCCGUCGUAGAAGCGCUACUCGGCGUCUCAUUGAGCGAAGUUGUCCAAUGCAUCGAAGACCCCGAUAAGCUAUCUGACCAUGUCGAGACCGUGAAGCGCAGCCUCCGUCUCUCUGAAGCUUCGCCACCAAAGUCUCGAUCCCCUUCGGCAUCAGCAUCUCAGGGCUCGGCUGAUCCCAAUGGUCUUGCUGCCACAGCGAGUGCCCCUGAAUACCCUUCCACACCCAUAUCCGCCAAUGGUUCUUUAGCAACACCCCCUAGAACGUCAUCCCCGUCUGGUUCUGUUCCACCGACGUCCGAGAGAGAUCGGAUGAUCGCAGCCGUGAACAAGUUUGAAUCGUCUCGUCAAGGCGAGCUUACUGAGCUCCUGAUGAGCUUGCCGAAGCGCGAGCGUGCAAUGUGCUUAUUCAAUGUUGAGAUUCUUCGUGCGAAACUGGCAGAUGCGAAGAUGGUAUUGGAUAGCGAAGAUGGAGAGGAGGAGGAGGAAGCUAAUGUCCCUCAGCAGGUCCCUGUCACGCCUCAGAACAAGAAGACGGCCCCGCCGAAGGUGGAAGAUUCACCGCAAACACCUGACCUCUCGUCUCGGGGCCCCUCAGCGACGGCGUCGCCCUUGCCAGGAACCCCUUCUGGGCCUGUACACACGAUUGAAACGCUUGCGAAACUGCCAGCUGCUGAGGUUGUUAGAUUGGCGUCGUCUUCUCAUGCUGCUCUACCAAUACCCAAAGCCGAUCCGUCAAUCGUCCAAGCUACCGAUGCCUUCAUCGACGGACUUCUGGAUAAACCGACGCAGCAACAGAAGCAACAGUUAGGCGAGAAGCUAUUCAAAGUCGUCAAGUCCUUUGGUAUCAAAUCUGCGCCGAAAGUUACUGUCGCGCUCCUUGAUCAAGAAGAUCUUCGCGCUCUCGCUCAUCUCAUGAACAGCUAUCCCAGCGUUUUGAGAGAUAAAGCUCAAGCCCUGGUCAACAACAAAUAA